AUGUCCAAAAGCGAGUUAGCAUGUGUUUACGCUGCCUUGAUGUUAGCUGACGAUGAAAUCGACGUUACAGCUGACAAAAUAAAUACCAUCCUGAAGGCUGCAAACAUCAAGUUUGUUGAAUCGUAUCUUCCAAAUCUUUUUGCAACGGCUCUAAACGGAAAGAAUGUCAAAGAUCUGCUAAUGUCAUUGGGGUCUGCUGCACCUGCUUCUGCUGCCCCAGCGUCGGCACCAGCGGCAGUAGCCAACAGUGCUCCUGAAAAGGGAAAAGAACCUGCAAAAGAAGAAAAGAAACCAGUUUCAGAUGACGAUUCUGAUGAAUCGAUGGGCUUUGACUUGUUCGGUUGA